AUGGCAAAUUCAGUAGCAAAUCAAGUUCCAGUUAAAGAAGAAGAUUUAAAAGAAUUGAAAGAUAGAAUGAAACUUAUAGUCGAUGCAGAUCCAUCACAAUUUCACGAUGACUUCUCACUAAAAAGAUAUCUUAGAGCAUUUAAGACAGUCGAUGCUGCUUUUCAGGCAAUUCUCAAAACCAACAAAUGGAGAGUAGAAUAUAAUGUUGAUAAAUUAAAUUUAGACUGUCCAGAAAUAAAAAAACAUCAUGAUGGUAAUAAAGCGAGAGUUCUCAGACACAGAGAUAUGGCUGGUCGUCCAGUUAUAUACAUACCAGCUAAAAAUCACAAUGUAAAUGAUAGACAAAUUGAUGAAUUAACAAAAUUUAUAGUUUACUGUCUGGAAGAAGCAUGUAAAAAAUGUUUUCAAGAAGUUAUCGAUAAUUUAUGUAUUGUUUUCGAUUUGAAAGAUUUCGGAUUAAGUUGCAUGGAUUAUCAGUUGGUUAAUAAUUUAAUUUGGUUAUUAUCGAAACAUUAUCCAGAAAGAUUAGGGAUUUGUCUUAUAAAAAAUGCACCACCACUUUUUAACACAUGUUGGGUCGUCAUUAAAGGAUGGUUGGAUGAAAACACUUCUGGAAAAGUAUAUUUUGUUAAUUCUACAGAAGAAUUAUGCAAAUAUCUCAUACCAGAUAUUUUACCAGAUAUUUAA